AUGACGUCCAAGAACCAGAAGAAGCCGAGUAGUAAUGAAGGACGAGACUGGUCCUCUCUUCCCAAGCUUCCUCUCUCCAUCAUCUCAUCUCACCUCGACGCCAUCUCCCACGUCUUCUUCCGUUCCACUUGCUCUGCCUGGCACACCUUCUCUCCACGUCAAAAACUACCCCUCAUCAUCCUCGCCAACCACACCAACUUAAAACGCUACACCUCCAUGGCCUUCUUCGACAUUGAUUUCAACCUUCUCUUCCACCUUCCAAAGUGCUCGUUUGAGUUUGGCUCCUACUUCUGCGGCUCCUCCCAUGGAUAUCUUGUCUUUCUUGAUCCUGCCUCCAAGCUAUACCUCAUCAACCCCAUCACUGGUCACGAAAUCAAGCUCCCUAAGCACAACGCAAGAUACCGGAAAAAAAAGAAGUUUAGAGGUGUUCAUUUUCAGAUGAAGGUUGCAUUGUCCGCCUCCCCCACCGAUCCCCAGUGCAUCUUUGCUGCCAUCUCACGGUCUCAAAACCAAGUUGACGUGCGCACUCUGACGAGCACUUCAUGGAAAACUCUCUUUUCUCUUGAUGAUCAAGAUGAGUUUCAGGACAUCAUCUUCUACAAGGGUUAUUUCUACUUGUGUGUUGGCAUUGAACUUUAUCAACUUGAUCUUGAAGCCAAUGGUGGGAGUGGAAUGGUUGUUCAGGUCCCGCUGGAUGUUUACGCGAGCUCAGAUGAGACUGAUGAGACUGACGAGGCUGAUGAGUCUGAUGAUGAUGAUGAUGACUCUCCGAGGAGGUCUUACCUGGUUGAGAUCUCUGGUGACCUUGUUAUGGUCUUCAUGUAUGUCAAUGGGGAUGAUUACUAUGAGAUCUUCAAGGUGGACUUUGAGAAGAAGAGGCUUGAAAUGAUAGAGCUUGGAGUGGAGGAUUUGAUGUUCUUGGGAGUUAGUUUGGGCAUUGGAACAAGUGCGAAGAGGUAUCGCGAAUGCAGGAAUGACAGUAUGUUAUUGACUAAGUUGAUAAAGUUUAGUGAAGAGCCUGCUGUGUUUAAUGUUGAGUCUUUAGAUAUUAAGCAUUAUCUUAAGCGUUGGCAUGGUAUUGAUCAGUGGGAUACUCUUGGUUGGCUCAUUCCCAAUUUUCUUGUAUAG